UUUGUGCUUUGCGAGAACGUUACUAUUUUAUUUUGUGUUAUUUUAUCAAUAAUUGCUAUUAAAAUACAUAUAAGUGCUGUAUAAUAUCAUUGCCCACGUUUUUGUAUGUUGCAAAUACUGAUAAUUUAUUCUAAGCAACCUAUGAUUUUAUUAACUAAAGCAUUUGUGAUCAACUGAUCACCAUAUGAGCAAGCGAAGUUUAUCAACGGGGACGAUGGUAGCUACAAAGCAUAAAAACAAAGUAGUACCAUGCUCAACCCCUGAGCCCAAAGCAGAUUCUCCAUCAAGAGAUAGUGAUUCAGUGUGUGACUCCGAAGCGGCCAGCCCAGUCCCUUUCCUCUGCACUCAAGAUGGAGCGGAAGGCGAAACAGAUGUUGUCUGGAACUAUUACACACCAAAGGCUGAACAAACUGCUGUGUCCCGAAUCAAAAAUUCCACACCACUCAGUAGGAAAGCAAGAAAAAUAUCAAAAACGAAACUAAUUGAUCGGCCAACACCUAAGCGCAAAGUUGUCAGUAAAGUAUCACACAAAAAGACUGCACUAUUUCAAGAGCUGAUGGAAUUAAACCAGAAUGUGCAUGAAUUGAUUACUAAGAACCGGUCCAGUGAAGUCAUUGACGAAAAACAGUCGGGAAGUGAAGAAGACAUUUUUAGCGAUUCGUCAGGCCAAUCUCCCAAAAGCUGCUUUAAAUCAUCAAGGUGUCUUAGAAAAAACCUCUUAAGUUCAAAAUUUGCUAAACCGGAUACGGAACCAGCUUUGGAAUCUGAUGAUUCAAUGAAUGAGUGCCUUAUUAAAGCCAGUCAGGUUAUAGAGGAAAAUAUACUGAAAGUAACACCACCGAAGAAACCUAGAUUUGAACCGAAAUCAAAGAAUAUUAAGUCAAGUAUAAACUUCCAAAUGGAUCAAGAUUCUAUGGAUGCCAUAUUAAAUAGCAUUAAACUGGACUCACCUUUACUAACUCGUACAAAAAAGGCUGAAUCUCCAAGCCUUAAUAAUGAUUCUUUUGAUAACUUAGUAGGAAAUUUGAAUGACAGUACAUUAGACAGGCUAACACAGGCUCCAAACAGUAAAAGUAAACUAAACAACUCGAAAAGUACAAGUUGGAUGAUAGAUGAUAUAGUUUUGCAUGAUGACAGCAUGUCUAAGUCAUUUUUCGGACGGCACAACUCAAUGCCGGAGUCACCAUCAGUAGAUAAUAAGCCAUCUACAAGCGGUAUGGUUAUAACGCGGUAUAGCUCUAUGCCACAUGGAAAUACUGAAAAAGGAACAGAUCCGAGUGACUCUCCGAUCAGAUGUACUCAGGAUGAAAUCAAGAGGAAACAUCAACUGGCGCGAGAGAAACUUCUCGCAAAAAGACUUCUACCAUUCACUUCGCAAUCCAGCCAAGUUCCUCAGCCAUCGGAAACUAAGAAAAAACAAUUCCAGCCUAAAUUUGCCAGUACAGUUCCUAAUUCUACUAGUAAUGUUGCCCAUACAGUAACCAAGGUACCUAAUUUUACUAACAAUGUUGCCAACACAGUGAACAAGGUCCCUAAUUCUACUAACAAUGUUGCCAACACAAUGAACAAGGUACCUAAUUCUACUAACAAUGUUGCCAACACAGUGAACAAGGUGCCUAAUUUUACUAGUAAUGUUGCCAGCACUAAUAACAAAAUACCUCCAAAAGUGGGUAGUACUUUAAAUCAGGCUUCCAGUAUGAAUUUUCAACAAAAUAAUGUUAUGAUUAGUGAUAAGUCUAAAGAUAUAAAAUUGCUUAUUGAAAAAAAAAGACAAGAGGCUCUGAUGAAAUUAAGACGCCGGCAACCGCAGAAAUAAAUUUAGGCAUUGCUUGCCUUUAAAGGGUAUAUUGUAAAAAAGAGAACUAUUUAAUACAUACACAGAGUCCGUCUAAGCUUUGUGUCAACUUUACAUAAUAAAGUGUGGCAAUGUCAUUAUAUCAUCAUCAUCAUCAUUAUUUGUCAUUUUUUUUGAUGCUGAAUUAGGCUGAAAAAUGUAAACAACUGUUAAUUUAAGAAAAAAAAUAUACAACAUAGCUCUAUUCGUCGUCGUAUAAGCCCCAUUUAGACAGUUCAAGAAUUUACAUGCAAUUUUCGUUACAUUUUGCGGUAUUUGGUCAAUCGACAAAAAGAUCGUUGACGUUAGCAAUGUAUCGAAUAUUACAUGCAAGUUCUUGAACCAACUAAAUGCUUCAUUUUCUCAGUGGUAACACUGGUAACAGAUGAAAAAAAAAUUACCAGCCGUUAUCAAGAGUAUGUACAAGUUGGUGGUAACUGGUAACAUCUCGGAAUAACUAUAGAUAAUCAAGCAGAUCUUGUCAGUAGAAACGGGGCGGCAAAUUUGAAAAUUGUAGACGCGAAGGGAUAUCAUCUCAUAGAAAAUUUGAAUCUUGCGCCUUUUUCUACUGACACGAUUUGCUUGACCAUCUGGCAGCGUAGCACAGUCGCGUUUUUAUCCCUUGUCACCAUGCCUGUCAUGUUCUAUCAAGUAUGUAAGUGCGAAAGGGACGCGCAUAGUGAUAGGCGAUAAAAAUGGAACCGUGCUGCGCCCGCUGGGCUCGCCUAAAAACGCGGGCUGAGAACUCCUGAAUCCUGGCUGAAGCAAUUCAACAAUUAUGUUAUUGUACCAUUGUGAUAAGAAGAGUGACUAAAUUAUGAUAAAACGUGUAUAAUAAGUAACAUAUAUGUAUUAUACUGGGUUUGUAAUCAAUUUUUUAA